AUGACUUUGAACUCCUCAGCAAUACACUUUGCCUCCGGUCACGAUGAUUGGUUGGCAACAAGUACUGGACCAGGGCGUUCCUGGGUUGGCCAAAGUUUAUCGCUGAAGCCGGCAGGUUUUUCGUCUGUUAGUGGCUCGCACGGGACUCUCAACCUGGACUUAGAAAAACUAUUGAAGGUUCACGAGCUUCUACGUUCUUCCUUUAUCCUUAAGCUUGGCUUAUCUUUGGAUCUCGGUCUUGGUGGGGAAUGGGUUGAACCUUGUUGCAGGGAAUCGGUCCAUCCUAAGAAACGCCGUGGUGCCAGCCGACAUCGCGAUAGUCUCUGGUAUGGAAAUCGGAGUGAGCUCCGUGAAGGUUUUGAAGAGGCUCUCCCUCAGGUGGCACGACGCUGCGUCGAGCCACAUCCGGAGAUUUCGGCUCCUUAG